AUGUGCUUCAAUCCCGUCCUGGACCGCCGGUCCAACGCCUGGUGUCUUGCUCACCCCAACUUCUGUCCGCGAGUUGUCCACACCCAGGCCGAGUCCAUAGAGUUCGCGGGUCAGAGCACCGGUAAAUUUGGUGGCAAGCAGGCUUUCAGUGGCGGUGGCGGCGGCGAUAGUGAUCUGCACGAGGGACGCGGUCUCAAC